AUGUUGAAGUAUGGUCUUGAUCCUCUGGACUACGUCUGUCAUUGGUUCCGCUCAGGUAUGUGGAGAAGAAACUACUCAGAUGGACUCGUUCCAGUCAGAGGUUGUAGGUUCUGGCCAGAGACAAAUGCUCCGGAUGUGCAUGUUCCUCCUGAGAAAGAAAAACCAGGGGAAGAAGCAGCUGAAGAAGGCCAAGAACCUGGAAACGAAACGAAGAAGAAGAAGAAGAAGCUCACAAAGCAGAGAAGACAAGGAAAAAGGGUGUUAAUGAGUCUCCAACAAAGAAGCAGCGGAAAGAGAAACAGAGGAUUAUGCAUUGCGGAGUUUGUGGUGAGGCUAAUCACAAUUCAAGGCAUCAUGCGAAGGAUAAGGAUGCUCCAAGGUUGA